AUGCCUCUAGUCACUAGCUUGACGAGCCUAGGCGCGUUUGACUACGCUCACCUUCGCGCGCCCCUACCCAAAGGCCACGUUCCCUACGCCGAGGCCGAAGAGGAGGAGAGGGAGCGCCAGUAUAUCAAGACUCUGGAGACGACGAGCCCCGAUGAGACGGCCGGGAACAUCUGGGUGCCGCCUGAGCAGGCGCUGGGCCUUGCGGAAGAGUACCAGAUCACCCCUGGAUCCAGGCCCUUCUCGAUCCUGCCAAGAUUGCCGUCUCUAGCAGCGCGUCGGAGAAUCCCUCAAAGAACAUCAGCGCCCCUCCCAAACGUCGAGGAAACGAGCGCGCGCGCUUCCAAGGAGGCGGAAGCCAAAAUCGAAUCCCUCGUGAUCCUUCAGUCGGUCGAGGAGGAGCCCUCGAAGGCCGGCGCGGAAGACGACGAAGAGUCUGCCGCCCAAGAAGAAGAAGCCGGCGAGAAGAAGUCCUCUGAGAAGACGAGGAGGAAGAAGAAGUCUGCGGAUCUGGGCAAGAUUCACCUCUUGACCGCUGGCGAACCCCCUUCUAAAGAGGAGACGUUAAAGAUGCUAGCCGAAGCCAAAAGAUGCCCCGUUACAAACGGCGACGUUGAAUCAAAGAAGAGCAAGCGCAAGGCGCAAGAUAUAUCCGUCUCCGACGAAGCCGACGAGAAGGAGGAGGAGAAGGAGAAGGACGCCGAGCAACCUGAUGAGCGUCGCACGAAGAAGGCCAGGACCGAAGUUGAAAUCCGCAAGGAGCGUGUCAGGCAACGCGCGCUAGUAGGCAUUUCUGCCGCUGUUGCUGUCGGCGAUGGCGAGUCUAAAGAUAUUACGGGCGGUGCCGAGCCACCGGAGAGCAUUCUCUUCCACUACCCGGCGGCUGGAUACGUACGGCUUCAUCGGGCUGGGUCAAAUGGGAUUUCAAAUGGCCAAGAACCUCCAGAAAAAGUUCCAACGACAGACACGAUCCUGGUCUUCGACAUUAACCAGGCCGCGGCCGAGAAGCUCGUGGCCGAGGCGCAAAGUACGGAGGCGGGCGGUGCUAGGAUACAGGUGGCAUCCAGCGCGUUUGAGGCUACCAAGGACUCGGAUACCAUCAUCACUGUUCUCCCUGAGCCUUCACACGUUAAAAAGGUCUAUUCGUCCAUCCUCGAACAAUCCCUCCCUCAGCGCGACCGACUUUUCAUCGAUUGCUCAACCAUAGACCCAUCAUCAUCCCAGGAAGUAGCGGGAUGGCUAAAGAAAUCCGGUCAGGGUCGCUUCGCGGAUGCUCCCAUGUCGGGAGGGGUAGUCGGCGCGACCGCGGGAACGCUAACUUUCAUGUUGGGAGCGGACGAUAACCUCGUCGCACGGCUAGAGCCGAUCCUGCUCCGGAUGGGCCGCCGGGUGCUGCACUGCGGGGCGCAAGGAACGGGGCUGUCGGCGAAGCUCGCAAACAACUACCUGCUCGCCAUCAACAACAUCGCGACCGCGGAGGCGAUGAACUUGGGUAUGCGCUGGGGCUUGGACCCGAAGACUUUGGCCAACGUCAUCAACGUGAGCACGGGCAAGUGCUGGCCAUCUGAGAUUAACAACCCGAAAGAUCUCAAGCUCGCCAUCCUCGCGGCCGAGGAGGCGGGUGCGCGACUAGAGCUGGGCGGCAGGGCCAAGGAGGUGUAUGAGGCCACAGAGAAGGACGAAAAAUGCGCCGGAAGGGAUUUCUCGGUGGUCUACAGGUAUAUCGGCGGUAAAGAAGUGUAA